AUGGGGUACUCAACGUACGUGGUCCUGCUCUUUUGCUCCUCUACACCACACCAUCCCUUAUUACAGUGCGACGCAACACGCCGCCGUGAACCAGUGAUAUUGCCUGUCGUACCUCCCAUCCCCCGCCCGCAAACACCUCCACCUACAAGGAAUACAUUUUCCCCUCACUUUCUACGCAAACUCCUUCCUUCCUCUUCUCGUACGGAUGCAGUUCGUCCUAUUCGCACCAAUGGGCUUCGUAAUCCCCUGGACUCCCCUGCUACAGCGCCCCUACCUCGUCCACAUAUAAAUCUCCACGAGGACCCCCGGCCCCCAUCAGUACCACCCACUACCCGAUCCUGGUGGCCCAUUCGGACAGGUCGGGCAUCACCGGCUAUUGUCGAGGUCCCUCUCGCACAGGGUAAAGAGCGGAAUGCUUCAGCAGAUGCUCCCGUCAAAGACGACGAAUGGAUUCGUGACGAAGAUUGUGUUUCUCCUCCUUCACCGAAUCCCGAUUCACAACGACCAUCCACAGUAGGGCAGAUCAAUACUGGAGAGCACGGAAGCGUAUCAUUAAAAUUGCAAAGUGUAUUUUUACAGGCAUUAGGUCUGUCACAGUCGCAGACGAUGAUCGCCCUGGAUAACAAAAUACGACUCGGACGGACGCAAAAGCUCCCAGUGAUGAAGUUCUUUGUGCUGGUCCAGCCACUGCAGAAAAUUCAAAGCUCUAGUCCAAUCGGUGGAUCCAAGGAGGUGUGGCCAAAGUGGGCCCUCCAUGCCUGUAACUAUACAAGUAGACGCGCCAAUCUCGAUGGGUGGAUGGAGAGGAUAUCUUGGUCGAAUUAUAUAGCUCAAUUCCAUGUUUCAUCUGACGAACCCCCAAACUUCUGUUCAGGCACGCACGGCUCAUUGUUCCAACAAACCAUCUGUUUCCUAGGUUUCAACGUAAAAGGCAACGUGAAUGUGUCCAGCGACUCGAACGGCGAGCGGGAACAGAAGCGCUUCGUUCAGGGGAUCACCGAGAAGGAACCCCUUGGUUAG